UUCAUGCACACCCCGACACACGCAAACAGGAAAAGAAGAGAAAGCCAGACAGCGGAACUGCGACGGCAUGAUGGGGAAAUUCUGCCUGCGUGGGCUCCGCCACUGAGGUGUCCGGAGUUCAGCUACAGUGCGCUUCUACGUGUGAGUGUGUGUGAGUGUGGGGGUGCGUGAGCGUGUGUGAGCGUGCGUGCGUGUGCAUGCAUUCAGAUGUGAGUGAGUGAAAGCAAUCGGCACGGUGCAAAGGGGCAGAGGAGUGUUGACUCAGUCCGGACGCCACAGGAUCAGAGGACGCGGAUGUGCGACAAGUACUCCCAACAGCUGCUGCCUCCGCCGCUGCUCCGCAUGCCUCCGCGUCCUCUCAACUUCUGCCAUGGAAAAACCUCCUCUUCCAGCUCGCCUCUAAUCCGCUGAGGGAAACGGGCAUGCAGGGGCACAAGCGGGGAUCUAGGGUAUCGCAUCUUUUACGUCAGCAUCGCUCAGUCUGAGUGACACUACUGGCCAACUGGCUCCACAAACGAGGGCAGUCGAUAUUUCAUGGAGGCGGGACAUGCUGCAGAUGACGUCACCUGGCGACAGUCUGCCUAAAAGAAACAUGGUGAGCAAGGAGGGUGGCAAAUGCAUGCUCACCAACUCAGAGUCCGACUCAGAGGCACCGCCUUUGCCCUCCACUUCCCUGGCACUGGAGUAUUCCCUGGAAGCCAGUCGACAGGUGAGGAAGAGAAACAAAGCCCUGCAAGUGCGCUUCAAGGACAUCUGCGAGGCACAGAACGAGCAAAGGGAGGCGGAGCUGCAGGCGGCGGGGAAAGGCGGCAAGCCAAUGUCGUACAAAGUGGCGUACCGCAAGUACAUGACCGUCCCUGCCCGCAGGUCCAUUCCAAACGUCACGAGGAGCACCGGCGUCCAGACGUCCCCAGACCUAAAGAAACGUUACCAGACCUUUCCCUUUGAGCGCAAAAAAGGCCACACAUUUAAACACGUGGCAGCAGUGGAAACGUAUAAAGGUCACAAUAACGGCUUUGUCAUGGAGGCGAAGCAAUCCAAAGCGGCUGAGCAGGGUUUAGACGAGGAGGAGGGAGCGAGCAGUGGGAGAGGAGUCCUGAGGACCAGGGCUCUGCUCCAUACUAAUGAGUGCAUUGCCACAGUGGAGCAGCACAGUGCACCUGAUGGCCUGUGCUCUGAUGCUCUGCUGCUCAGUUGCACUGCAGACACAGACUGCCUUGUGGGUACGCCGAGAGGAAGCGGAGCUGGAACACAAGGAGAGUACCAGCUUUGUAGCGUUCCGUCCAAAGCCGGAACUGGAUUACAACACAGGGAGCCUGACGUAGACCGCCUGGCCAAGAGGCAGCUGCUCAAUUUGGAGGAAGGCUCGUCCCGAACUCUCCCGGACAGAACCUCCAAGGUUACGGGCCCCAUCGCCUGGAACUCUCUCACACAGGUGGAGUGCCUGGACAGUCCGUCUGUGCAGAGCAAGAGGAAGAAAGGCCUGCAGCUGAACGGACUGUCUAGUGAGACUCUACCACGAGCCAGCAGGGGCUGUACAACGCAGGCACAGUGCAGUACAGGGCAGCUUUCAGCCCGGCCUUUGCGGGGCAUGGAUGAGCCUCCGUCAGGCUGCAUGGGCAGUCAGGCUGAUGGGGCUCCCUCCGACCAAACACAAGAAGCCUGCAAGCAAAUAGUGCCUGUAAAUCAGGAUGGGGAUGUAAAAGCACAGCUUCAAGCCAUGGAAAACCUCAUCAGUUCCAGUCAGGAGACCAUCAAAGUGCUGCUGGGCGUCAUCCAGGAACUGGAAAAGGGAGAGGCCCACAGAGAAGGACUCUCCUAUCGAACUGGACAGGACACAGCCAACUGUGACACAUGCCGGAACAGCGCAUGCAUUAUUUACAGUGUGGAACUGGACUUCAAGCUGCAGGAGGACAAGCUACAGCCACUGAUGAAAAGGCUUUGCCCUCCAACGGACUCCCACUUCCCUCCCCUGCCUUACCCCCAGGAGGCCUUCACCUCCACUCCAAAACGCAAGUCCAAAGCUGAAUCCAAGAAGCAUGCCCGCUGGAAACUUUGGUUCCUGUGAGAGCUGCACGACCGUCUCCGAACCCUAAAACUGACAAAGGAUUUAAGCAAGGAUCUAAAUUUCUUCACAUUCUUUGAUUUUUACAACCUGAAGGAUUUUAUAGACCUGUUGGGCACUUUUAAUGAAGACCUCUGGAUAUACCUAAAUGGCAGUAGAAGUGAUAGAAGCGUGGACUGCAUGGAUAAUUAACACAGUCAUGCCCAACAAAAAUGGAAUAAGUCAUAACUUUGCCUAAUUUCCUGAAACAACAACAGGGAAACAUAUUCAAAGAUCAGCAAGAUGAGGAGACGAGCUUACUUGCCGCUGUUUCCUGGCUUCUAUUUUUUAUUACUGAUGUAGACCUGUUCCCGUUUCAUGUUGACGGAGAGAUGUCCGCCAUAUUUCUAUUCAGCUGUUGGGAUUUUCUCUUCCCUCUGAGUCUCCAGGAGAGGCUGAUCACUCAAUGCUGAAGCACCAAGGCCUACAUAAACAGCAUAUCAUUGUACUGCAAAGCACAAUUAAUACUUUUCAGGAUUCCGUAUCUCCAGAAGUAACAGGAGAGAAUAAUUUUUGAUCAUCUUGUACCAACAAUACAUGAUGGACUGAGUAUUUUCAUUAGCAAAAGACCUAAAGGAGAAACGCUGGAGAGGUUUGUUUGGACUUCUGUGGUAAACCUUCUUUUCAUUGAUAAAAUGUGUCAAAAGAACAUAUGACUUUGGAGAAAAUAAUGAAUAAAUACCACUUAUUUUCUUAAUAACAUUGGAAAAUAAAUGUCACUCUACUUUUUUCUAUAUAUAUAUAUAUAUAUAUAUCAAAGUAUAUAGAUCCACUUUAAGGUGAAAACAAUUAUAUUUAUUUGAACUAAAGCAAAAGGUGAGCUGUGUAGUUCAACUACAUUUAAAAAGAAGUGUGUACUUUCUUUUUAAUCCAUCAAAUAUAGUUUUCAGUAAACUCAUGGUGCACCGAGUCACUGAAACCACCAAAAAAAUGCGAGAAUGCACUGUAGAUCAGCAGUUUGUAUCGUCAUCAUUUGCUUAAACGUCAAAUAUUUUGUGUUUUUAGUGGUGAAUUUGAAUUUCUGGAUUCAUGGUGGAAUGGUGGUCCAAUAAUUAAUGAAAGCAUUAAUUUGAUGCACAAGUUUAAACGUACUGUGGACCUUUUUUUCUGCCUAGUGCUUUUGAUAACUUUGAAAAUGUUUAGCACACGUGGCUUCCCUUAAAUGAAUUUUUCCAGAUAAAUUCUAAACUACUAAUUUACUUGAUUUUUUUAACCUUUCAGUUGGAUACAUUUCAAGAUCUUUAUUGAAGUUUUAGUUAUCAACUGUUAAGAAAACUUUAAAUAGUUAAAAGUUACAUCCAUGCUCUUAUUUUGAAGAGGGUCAAAACAGUUUACGGAGCAGCUCUGGUUCCUCUCCUCAUGUUCUCACUCUUUUCCACCCCAACAAUUUUCUUUCAAAGUAUAAUAUAGAACAUAAUAUUAUGUUAACAUUAUGUAUAAAUUUGACCCUUUCAGAAUCCAAAAUCAAUUCAAACUUGUGCAGCCAACUCUUAAUUUUUUGAAACGUAACCAUUACACUUUGUAAAAUCAGUUCAAAAAACCACUGAAAAUCCAAAAUUAAUAUGACAAAAACGUCAAUGAGUGUAUGUAAACUUUGGGUCAGAAGCGUCCAUAUUUAUAUACAGUAUAUGCCACAUACAUAAAAAAAGGAAAUAAAGUUGCUUUUAGCACAUGUGAGGAA